CAUAGGAGACUCAGAGGCGGUAGGUCAUCCUCAUCGAGUCCUUCUCAUCCUCAGACCUAAAGGGGGUGUUUGCUCAACGACAGUGUUCCUGGAAAAGUUCUCAAUGGUUUUAUAACCAAAGCCAGCUGCUGUAGGCCCAUGCUUGAAUGUGUGCGUGUGAACUACAGAGGAGGAGUGUGUUUGAGUGUGUGCACGCACGUGUGUGUGCAGCUUCCCUUUUCAAAAAGACAGAGAGAAGAGAGAGAGAGAGGGUGAGCGAGUGAGAGAGAAAGUUUUACCACUUUUUUUUUUUAGGCAUGAGCGCCGAGAUCUUCAGUCCAUACAGCUGCGACAUGACCUCCAUGGAUGCAUUUUACAGUCCUCCUGCAGCACAAACUCGGGACCAGCAAACGGAACACUUCAGGACGUUGCCAGCAUCCCCUGAUACCAAAUACAGCCCCACUGCGUUCGUGCAGGCCCACAAAGGUCACGCGUACGGAGACAAGCCCCGGAGUUCGUUCCAGCACGAGUGCCACUCAUUGGACGCGGCCGGAGCCGGUCACGCUGCUUUCAGCAAAUUCCACCUCUUCACGCACAGGUCCUCCAGUAAAACACCUCCAGAGGAAGGCGAGGGACACCGGGAAGGCGCAGAGAUCGUCCCCUGCUAUGGUAAAGACAGUUCACAUCUAACGGAUUCGGACUUGACUCCACUCUCCGAUCAUCCAACAAUGGACACCAGCUACCUGGCCGUGAAGGAUCAGGGUGUCAACGCAACAUCUGAUAAGUUACCAGGCGCUGAUUUAGCCAACCCCCAUGAUAAGAGUGAUAGCAGCGAGAGCAAUAAAGGCAAGAAGAGGCGCAAUCGCACCACCUUCACCAGCUACCAGCUGGAAGAGCUGGAAAAGGUCUUUCAGAAGACGCACUAUCCAGAUGUUUACGCCCGUGAGCAGCUGGCGCUACGGACGGACCUGACUGAAGCACGUGUGCAGGUGUGGUUCCAGAACCGGCGGGCCAAAUGGAGAAAGAGGGAGCGUUUUGGUCAAAUGCAGCAGGUUCGGACGCACUUCUCCACAACUUACGAGCUGCCUCUGCUGACACGUCCCGAGAGUUACGCACAGAUUCAGAACCCUUCCUGGAUUAGCGGCAGCAGCGCAGCGUCACCUGUGCCAGGCUGCGUGGUGCCCUGUGACACGGUGACCCCAUGCAUGACCCCUCACCCCCACUCGGCCAGCGGGGUGUCUGAGUUCCUGGGUGUUCCCAGCCCCGGAGGUCACAUGGGCCAAGCUCACAUGGGCAGCCUGUUCGGAGGAUCUCCCGGCAUGGCUACGGGGCUCAACGCGUAUGAUCUCAACAUGGACCCUGACCGCAAGUCCUCGAGUAUCGCCUCUCUGCGUAUGAAGGCCAAAGAGCACAGUGCAGCCAUAUCUUGGGCCUCAUGAUGCGUCAAAGCCAAAGGGGACGAUCUUUAUCUCCCUGUUGAUGUCCGAGCCAGCCUGGAGUGGGCUGAAGGCGCACACAUAAAAAUCUACAGGCAACAGUGACUACCUUCAUGAAGGCUGCUGACAAAUGCAAAUGAUGAAGCAAUUAUUCAGAAUGACUUGAAGUGGACUUUGUGGAGUGGGAGACAACUCUGUGCCGUUACAGUAUUGGUGUUUUUGUUUUUUUUAACUAAUUCAUGCACUUAUUUUGCUAAAAUACAGGAAGCUUUGUUUGUACAGUGCUUUCAGUGAGUUCGGGUGCUCUUUUAUUCUUACUUCACUAUUUAAAAUUGGAGUUUUGUGUGGGCCGCGCAGGAUUUGCUUCAAAAUCAAGCAUCUAGACCGGCUAAAUUUCAGAUUUAAUUUAAAACAGUAGCGAAAACAGCUCCCUCAUGUAUAAAUUUGAAUGGUUUUAAACAAGUGAACCAUCAAGCUACAAGAACAAAUAUGUCGUGUUGGACAGUGGGGCCCUCAUUCACUUGGUUUUGUUCUAUAUUAUUUUAGUUUUUCUUUUUUUUUAACAUUUUAAGCAUCCACGGUGUCAGGAAAAGUACAUACUUGUCGUACAGAGUGACAUCAAUCACAACAUAGCAACGUAAAUUUAAGAGACUAAUGGGACUUGAAAGUUUGGGGGUUGAUUUUCCCUUUAAAGAGUUGUAAUACAAGUAUGGCCUUAAAUGUUAUGUUGCUUUCUACUACUUUUUUUUUUUUGAAUGAAGGAUGUCAUUGCACAACGAUGCACAGAAACUGUGCUUUGUUGCUCCCCCUUGAAGAAUCAGGUUCUUCCACAACAAAGACAUUCAAGUAUGCAUCUUAACUUUCAGUUCAGAGCAGCUCUCUUCCAAGUCUCCUCUAUGCUUGUUUACCUCCAUCCAAUACAGAUGCUUCAAGUCCACUGUGGGAAGUCUUAUUAUUCCCCCAGAUGCCUGAGGACAGAAAUAGCAGAUAACGUUUGCGCUCCUAAAUCACUGACACAAUGUCAGGUUAUGUUCCUUUGUUCGCAAAGAUUGCAUGACGCCGAUACCUUGUCGAAGAGCUUUGGGCACAGUAACCGUUGAAAAUUGUCAAAAUAGGAACCACAUUCUCAGCAGGUGAAAGAAGUGUAGUGCAGGCUAUAAUCUGUCAGCAGAGCACGUCACACCGGACUUGUUCAAAUCACAUCCAGUUUUACCCCUUGGUCCAAAUCCAAGGCAUAUGCAGGACAUAAUCCAAACUGUAUAGUCCAUAUAUCAAAAGUGAGAGGAUUGGCUUGGAUACGUGGACAUGGGGGCCCCCUUCGCUUGCUGAGGGCUUGGGUGGAGAGGAUUUCUGCUGUGUUCCGGUGUUCUGGGAAAAGGACAGUGCACACAGCUGUGCUCAGGGGCUAAAUGUAAAACAAACAUGCCUCACACAUGCUUCCCCCUCAGCUGUCAUGUCUCUGCUUUCAAAGAUCCUUCCCCCCCAACUCCCCUCACGCCGAUGCUCUUCGCUUGGCCCUUUGCACAACGUGUCCACAGCUCCAAAUCUGCAGAGCCAUCACAGAGUUCUCUGGCUCAGGGUCGAGGCGCAGCCAACCCAGGAAAUAUUUUUAAUUAACACUGAGCCCUGGGGAGCCAGCGGGAUCUUGUGUCAGGACAGACACACCCGACUGUCUUUGGGCUGCACAGCAUCAACAAACAAUGUGGACAUAAGGUUAUGUUUUAAUGCAUACUCAUGUUUGCAAUCAUCCUGUUUAUGGUGGAUCAACACGUACGUAUACUCCAAAGGGGAUAUAGAACAUGAGUAAUACCAUGGAUGGCCCAUGCCCCCACUUGGUUUCCUUUUCAAAUACUACUGAAGUCAUUCAAUCAGUACAGGAGUAUUUGUAUUAUAACUUGUUUUCAUGUGUGCAGGAGUCUUGGAGAUGAUCCGGUCUUUUUUGCUUAUCAACUAUUUGUGUUGGUUCCCCUUCUAUAGGAAUUGAUGGCUUUUAAGCUAUUGUUGCAAGCAAGAUGUGUGAUGUUUUUGUGUGAUUAAAGGUCAAUAAGUUAUUGUAUUUCUUUUUUUUAAGAGAUGAUCUGCAAAUGGAACAUUUAAUACACUUUGCAAUAACUGCAUAAGAAUAAACAGCAAAAAAGAAGUUUAGAAUAAUG